AUGUGCUUGAGCUUGAGCGCAGAGACCUCGCCGCGAAUCAAAUCUUUCGUCUACUCCCUCCAUGUUUCUGUAAUUUUCAUACUGAUCGCCGCUUUUGAGCUAACAGAAACAGAAGAUAACAAAAGCCUACGAAAAGGCAUCUUCCUCGUGAGCCUUGGACUCACACUUCUUUCCCUCCUUUACGUACGAGCAAAAUUCAGCCCAGGUCUAUGGGAUGAAGAAACAAAUACGGAAGGCCGAGAAGAUACAGGGCCAAAGCCUCCGACGUAUGAGAACAUCCUAGAAUCGAAUGCAGAAGUUUUCAAGAGGAUGGCGAUCGAUGACCCUGAAGCGCCGCCUCCGACGAUUGGAACCGGUCUUCGAAUCGGUAUUCCCGUGAAUGAUGAUUACAAGCCUCCGAAUUACAUUCAAUCGGAAGGAGAGCCACCGAGCUUUAUUGAAUCUACCGGGAUCAUCGAAGUUCAAGCUGAUGGGACUUCAAUUUUGGAAUCGCAGGGAAAUCUAGGCAUGUUUGAUGCGAAAAGACACCGCAAAGAGCAACAAAAACAGGCGAUUAAGAAUCAGAAGAUGGGACAGAAAUUCGGAGCAACGAGUCUUGUUGAUAGCGCAUUCAAAGGUCCACCUAAAGCGGUGCCUAUCGAGGAGUUCGAUAUUCUUACGGAAGACCGACAGUUCAUUUUUCACAACUUUUGGCUCGAAGUUCGACAUCGAAGCUUGAACUGUUUCAAUUUUUACAUGGAGCAGAACUAUACCUCCGUGAUCAAAAUUAGCUCCCUCGACGACGACAUUCAUCCCUCUGCGAUUAUUAAAGACGACGAGAACAGAAUCAUUGGCAAAAUAAACCCAACUGGCGAUAAAUCCAGAGGUGACAUGAAACUGGAAGCGCUCCCUCGAGACGGUUACGUAAACAUGUGUCUCUUCAACGUCAAUGGAGGCUUCGCAGCAGCGGAAAUCGGCGUUGAAAUUAUGAUAGUAUUUACUCCUGGAAAAUCACCGUUUGGUAAGAAAAUGACGCUUCCAAACGCAGAAGUCAUGGAAAGCGCAAGCGAAAACGCCGAAGAAGAAAUGGAACUCCUCGAACUUGUAAGAAAAUUCGACGAUCUGGUGGCAGGACUGCGAGUCAAAAUGUUCAGCGCCUGGCGAACUAUCCAACAGAUGAAAAUCUUCCAUCACGGGGACGAAAUUUCGCAAGAGCAUCAAUCAGACAUGAUAACAAAUUGGAGUUUGUUUCAAGUUGGAGUGAUGGUGCUCGUCGUUUUCUUACAAGAAUUGCAUCUCCCACUGAAUUUGGACAGAUUGUAUGCAUCAAAAAACGAUCUACAGAACUUGUCUGAUAUUUCGAAUCUCUGUAGUAUUACAGAGGUCGACCUAUCUUCCAACGACUUGAAAUACAUCGAGCCUGGCGACCUGACUUGCAUGGCUCAUUUGAUUUCAGUAUCGCUUUCGCAAAACUGGAUCGGCGACGUGGACGAAGAUCUCUUCAGGAAUCUCACUGAAAUCACUUCGAUUCAAAUGGCGAAUAUGAAUCUUCAUUCACUCCCCGUUACUAUUUUCCGAGAUAAUACUCUGCUUUCAUCACUUGAUCUAAGCAAUAAUCGAAUCAAAACGAUCCCUACAAACUUGUUUGCUAACAAUCAGAACCUGGCAUUCCUGGAUCUGUCCUUGAAUCAAAUCACGACUCUUUCUCCCGAGGUAUUUCUGUCCUGUCCGAAGCUGACUCAGAUGUUUCUCCGUGACAACGAACUAACGGUGGCCCAUUCAAGCUGGUUCCGUGCUUUUUACUACAAGUCCAAAUUUCGACCUUACAUCGACCUCUCUGGCAAUCCUUGGAGCUGCGCUUGCAGCAUGAUUUCCUUCAGAGCCUGGCGGAAUCGAAACAAGUGGUUUAUGGAUAUAGAAGGAUUUCAAGCUUAG